AUGAUGCAGGAGCUGGUGGCUGGCGUGGAGAAGAUCAGGUUUGACUCAGAGGCUGAUCCCGCGGUGUGCAAGCAUUGGCUGCGAGGGCUCUGCCGGAGGGGCGAAGGCUGCGACUUCCUGCACGACUACGAUGCCACCAGGACGCCCGAGUGCUAUUUCUACUCCAAGUUCGGUGAGUGCAGCAACAAGGACUGUCCCUUCCUGCACGUCGGUGCCACCGCCAGCGCCCUGGGCUGUCCCUGGUACGACCGUGGCUUCUGCAGGCACGGUCCCCUGUGCAAGUACAAGCACACGAGGAGGGUGAUGUGUGCCAACUACCUGGUGGGCUUCUGCCCGGAGGGACCCAAGUGCAAAUUCGUGCACCUCAAGGCCGGGCUGAUGACGCGCAGCACAGACCCACCCAAGGAAGCUGGAUGUCCAUGGGGGCUGGUACAGCGGGAUCUGGCUGCUGCAGAGGAGAGGGGAGGUGAGCAUGUGCCACCCAAGGAGCCACCUCCACGUGGCACCCAGAACCAGGCAGCUCGUCUGUGGGACAGCAGUGGCUGCUCCCCGAGCCCACAGAGCCUGCUGGAAGGAGGCACCUGCUCCAAGAGCGGAUCAGCCAGUCCCUGUGCCAGCAAGAGAGGGAGGACUCCACUGGAAAUGCUGCUGGGGAAGUGA